ACGUGAUAGCGGAAGUCCAGCCCCCGCCGCGCGCCGCCUCACGGGUCUGGGCGGGGCCUGGUCAUUGUGGCGGGAGCGUUAAUUAGUUAGAGAAGGUUUAUCAGGAGUAGAACUUGGUCUCAGAGCACCAUGCAGAGAGCAUCACGGCUGACAAGGGAGCUCUCGCUCCUGGCUACGGAGCCACCUCCGGGUAUCACCUGCUGGCAGAACGGGCAGGUCAAUGACCUGCAGGCACAAAUUCUAGGAGGUGUGGACACACCUUAUGAGAAAGGAAUAUUCAACCUGGAAAUCAUAGUUCCUGAAAGGUACCCAUUUGAGCCACCAAAGAUUCGCUUCCUGACCCCCAUCUACCAUCCUAACAUUGACUCUGCUGGAAGGAUUUGCCUGGAUGUUCUUAAGUUACCCCCGAAGGGUGCGUGGAGGCCUUCCCUGAACAUUUCCACCCUGCUGACCUCCAUCCAGCUGCUGAUGGCAGAGCCCAACCCUGAUGACCCUCUCAUGGCUGAUAUUUCCUCAGAGUACAAAUACAACAGGCAGCUCUUCCUGCUCAAUGCCAGGGAAUGGACCAAGAAAUACGCAGGGCAGUCAAGGGCUUCCAAGCCUUUGGAAGAGAAAAUCAUCCAAAGUGAAACAAGCACCAGCAAUGAAUUGACCAUGCAGAAGAGAAAAGGGGUUGACAUCAGUAGGAAGGAGAAGAAAUCCCGCCCAGAUUCCUGAGGGGGUUUUGUUCUCUUUGGGCUCUCUCUGUCCCCUUCCCCUCACACAGGUACAAGAUCCCCUUUGGUCUGCCUUUAAAGAGCUGCACCAGCUUUGGGUUUCUGUUUCCUUGGAGUGUUACUCUUUGCAAAAAGUUCCAUUAUAUUAAUAAAAUAUAAAGCUUCAAUUUA